AGCAGCUUCAUCACACACCAGCAUCGUACAAAGCCCUCGUACAUUCAUUUUAUAUACAGUACCAGGAGCUGAAAGGGAGUCGAUUUCGCUAGCAUGGCGAGGUUCGCUGCGUUCGCCGUGUGCGCGGCCGCGCUCCUUCUCGCCGUGGCUGCGGGAGGCGCCGCGGCGCAGGGCGUCGGUUCGGUCAUCACGCAGUCGGUGUACGACACUAUGCUGCCCAACCGCGACAACACGCUGUGCGCCAGCGGGUUCUACACCUACGACGCCUUUAUCGCCGCCGCCGCCGCCUUCCCGUCGUUCGGCACCACAGGCAGCGCGGACGAUGUGAAGCGCGAGCUCGCCGCCUUCUUCGGCCAGACCUCCCACGAGACCACCGGAGGGACGCAAGGCGCUGCCGACCAGUUCGAAUGGGGCUACUGCUUCAAGGAAGAGAUAACCCCAACGUCUCCGCCCUACCAAGGACGCGGACCCAUCCAAUUGACCGGGCAGUCCAACUACCAGCUCGCCGGGGACGCCAUCGGAGAGGACCUCGUGGGCAACCCUGACCUGGUGGCGCAGGACCCGGUGGUGUCCUUUAAAACGGCCAUAUGGUUCUGGACGACGCCGCAGGGCAACAAGCCCUCUUGCCAGGACGUCGCCGUCAACCGCUGGACGCCGACGGCCGCCGAUACCGCUGCGGGGCGGGUGCCCGGAUACGGCGUGAUCACCAACAUCAUCAACGGCGGGCUGGAGUGCGGCACGGGCCCGAACGUCGACAGGAACGUCGACCGUAUCGGCUACUACACGCGCUACUGUGGCAUCCUCGGCACGGACGCCGGGGACAACCUCGACUGUUAUAACCAGCAGAACUUCGCCCAAGCCUAGAACUUGUUUGAUUAAUGUAGGCCCCACGGCAGUCACAAUGUAUGCAUGUACGUCUAUGAUAGUAUGCGCUAUAUAUAUGCGCCUUAUGAAUAAAUGACAUAUAGUUAUGCCACUGUGGAAUAAAGAAUUGAAGACGUGAUCUGGU